UGGCUCUCGAGUAUUAAAUAUCGCUUAAAUUCAGCUCGUUUGUGACUAAAACGAUUUUAUGAAUGUUUGUUUAUAUAAAGAGGGCCUUGGAAGGGGGCGUAGGUGGAUUUUAAGGAAAGGGGUGUGUGCGCAGUGCCAGGGGUUGAUCCGGAGGACCACACCCCUUCUCGACACUCUUACGACGCGUACCCGGAUUGAACAAUCGCAUGUAGUUCGAUCCGUCCGGUCAUGAAAUUAAUGUUGAUCUAAACGGACAUGUGCUCGUUUACGGUCCGGUUGUCAAACGCGAGUGCGACAAAACGGUCGUCGAAACCAAACCCUCGCCAGACGAGAUUCGGACGAUUUAUUUAUGAAUGAACAUCUUCAAAAACGGAUCGUGAUAUGAAUAAUUUCAGCCAAAGGGAUAUUUCCCGUCUUUUCUGGACGACUUCCAAUAACAGAAAUGAUUAAAUUCUCACUGGCGUUUUUAUUUUUGAUUUUCACUUGCGAAGGUAAGCCCUGGGACGCCUUCGACCUCCCUUCGAUUUCAGUGUGUUUGAAUGGUGAAGAAGAGAGCUUAAUUUGCAGGGAUAGGCGAAAUGCAAACGUGGAAAUGGAAAUACCAUCCAUCAGAGGACCGUAUUUCGAUAAAUCCGUGUCCAGGAACGUCACUGCUUUAGUCGGCAGAAACGCAUUUUUGUACUGCAGGGUCAGGAAUCUUGGCAAUAGAACGGUUUCUUGGAUCAGACACAGAGAUCUCCAUUUAUUAACUGUGGGCAGCUACACUUACACAAGCGACCAGAGGUUUUUCACAACACACUCGCCACAAACCGAAGAGUGGACUCUUCAAAUCAGAUUUCCUCAAAUAAGGGACUCUGGGAUAUACGAAUGCCAGAUAGGAACAAAUCCGCCGAUUGGCUUAACAAUGAUGCUUACAGUUGUAGAACCUCUCACGAAAAUUAUCGGAGGGCCCGAUUUGCAUAUAAACUAUGGAAGUACAAUCAAUUUGACUUGUAUGGUCGUACACAGUCCAGUACCUCCUCCUUCUAUUAUUUGGACUCAUAAUGAUAAGGAAGUAAAUUAUGAUUCCCCUAGAGGUGGUGUUAGUGUGAUAACCGAAAAAGGUGAUAUUACAACUAGUUACUUGUUAAUUCAAAGGGCUAGGUACAGUGAUUCAGGCUCUUAUAAAUGCAUUCCUUCAAAUGCCAACGCUCUGUCAGUUUUUGUCCAUAUAAUGAAUGAAAAACCAGAAGCGAUGCAGAGAGGAAGCCAAUUGCGUAUUCAAUCUUAUACUGUUCUAAUACUCAUUACAUCAAUAGUCAUUUGUUUACUUUAUUGAUAUUGAUUAUAUUUUAGAAGAGUUCACAUUUUAAAUGUGGUAUGUGUUAUUCAUUUGAAUCCUUAUUGUUAAUAUUCAAAGUACUUUAUGUUAUAAGAGUAUCUAAAAAGAAAUGAAUUAUAGACGCAUUAUUUUAAUUUACCUUUCAGAAUUAUUAGCACCAUGUCCCUUAAAGGACUUAUCCCCGUCCGGAAACUGUGAUUUUAGAGUUUAAUUACCGUUCGGUUUCAUUUUUAUGUGUACGUCGCCUAUACUUCUUGUCAAACAAAAAAACCAAUGUGAGAGAUUGUAAAUGCGUAUAAUAAAUUCCUUUUAACGAAUCAUUAUGCACUUAAACAAACAUAAAUUACACGACAAAAGUAUAAACAUAUUAUGUAUGUAUGUAUAUGUACAUAAACUAUAUAACUUUAUAAUGGGAUAGGCCAUCAAUUUGAUCUUUAUAUAGAAAUGCAAAACUAUUUAACCAGCUUAUUUAACAUUAUAAUCAUUUUAGCCAUUAUAUAGCCAAAUUUGCAUUUAUAUUGAAUAUAAAUUGUUCAACUGUCAAAUAAAUUUAAAAAAAUGAUCUCAUUAUUAAAACAUAAAAUUGUGUCAGAAAAAUACAUCACCUUACAUACUCUUUGAAAA